GAUUUUUUUUGAGUUGCGACGGCUACUCAUACUGCAAUCAGGAAAUGAUCGAUGUCGCGGCACGGAAUGGUGCUUCGAUAAACUCUGCUGUUGUUUUCAAGUUUAUGAACCGCACUUGUUUUGUUCGCCUUCAGGGUGUUUUAUUCCCAGUCCCUGAUUGAAAGAGGGACAGUGGAUUCCCAGAAUGUUGCUGAUCCUUUUCUCCAUCUCCCUGUGUUUUUCGUGGGUCUCUCCUGAGUCACACUCUCUGAGGUAUUACUACACCUCGAUGCUGAACAGUGGGGAUUUUCCUGAAUUUAUUCAUGUUGGAGUUUUGGAUGGUGUCCAGAUAACCUACUAUGACAGCAUUAGAAAGAAGGAUAUCCCUCGGCAGCCAUGGAUGCGGACAUCACUGGACGAUCAGUAUUGGGAACAGGAGACACAGAGAUUGAUCGACCGAGAGAGACUGUCUCUCGCCAAUGUGCAGAUAGCAACAAGGAGAACAAACAGCAGCGAAACAGGUUUGAACUACCUGCAGUACACCUCGGGCUGUGAGCUGCUGGAGGAUGGGACUGUCACUGGAAAACGGCAUUACGCCUUCAACGGGCGAGAGCUGAUCAGCUUCGACCUUGAGCACAGCACCUGGGUUGCCAUCUCACCUUAUGCGGAGUCCACCCAGAGGAAGUGGAACAGCAAUGCAGGUGACAAUGAGUACAAGCGAUACUACACAAAGAAGAUUUGCAUCGAGUGGUUAAACACAUACCUUCGUAACGGUGCUGCAGUACUGAAUCGCAAAGAUGUCCCGGAGGCAAACGUCUACUACACGAAUGGACAUAAUGUCAACCUGCACUGCCUGGUCACUGGAUUUUACCCACAAUCAAUCAAUGUGACCUGGCUUGCAGAUGGAAAGCCAGUCCCUGACACCCAUAGCACAGGCAUUCUACCCAACCACGAUGGCACCUACCAAAUAAGGGUAGCUUUCCAGAUGAAACAUGACGAUGGCCGUAACUACGUGUGCCAUAUUGAACACAGCAGCCUGCCUGCACCGAAGGAGAUAUUGUGGGAGAAAGAUGGCAGUGUGGUAGCAGUGAUGAUUGGCUGUAUCAUUCUACUUUUGCUGUUAAUUUUAUGCAUCGGAGCUGGCGUUUACUGCUGGAAGCACAAGGAUGAAGUGAAUAAAAGAAUCACAAGCUGCUUGGGUCGUGGAUACAUGGCAAGUAACUCUUCAGCAAACAGUACUGACGGCAGCCAGACACUGAAUGGCAACAAUUCAGACAGCAGUGAUGGUGAAAAGCCCCUUAUCUCAGGUCCGCUAAGCAACCCCAGUAUGCAAGGCAAUAAGCAAAGUGUGCAAACACCACUGGUUCAAAACCCAGAUGGCCCACCCCAAACACAUGCUGAAACUUCACUCGAACAAAUGACAGUGGAAAUUGAAACAUAUCACACCCAAAAAGAGACCUCAUACAAGCUCUGUGAUCAGCUGAUCCACUCAAUGCUCUUUCAUGAGUCUUAUCGGACUAGCCAAAGGUGCCCCCUGAGCCUUUCAGGAUCCAGUGGAUGGAAUUUAAACACAAAACACUUUAUUUUCGGAAUGAAUUCUUUCAGGCGAACAGUGCCAGACUCGGUGAUGGGGACAGACACGAAAGCGCUCUCCAGUAAAAGCACUGAGGCUUUGAUGAGUGAACGAGGGCCCGUUGUUGUCGUUCCUUGGGCAUGUAGCAAUCCUUUGUCGUGGCUAAGUCCUGGUGUACUUCGCUCUGGGGAAUUCCUGGUAUUCCCGUACCGCUACUGUAGCUCCAAGUGUUUCUCCUGGUGGAAGUUCCCAGUGUCGCUCCUGGUACUGCUGGCCACAGUUUGGAGAAUGGAGAGCUCGAAGAGAGGCACGAUGAUUCUGCAUUUGACUGCGUUGACUCUCCUGACUGCGGCUGGAGCCCAUGCUGGCUCCCACAGCUUGCAGUAUCUCUUCAUUUACGCCCCCCUGCAUCGGGACCUCCCGCAGCUCUCUAUGAUUGGAAUGUUGGAUGAUCUUCAGAUCGAGUACUAUGACAGCUCCCUCAAUAGGAUUCAGCCCAGACAGCAAUGGAUGGCCAGCAAGAUCUCGGACGAUUACUGGCAGGAGCAGACCAUGGCUGUAGAUGCACUUCAAAACCACAUCUUCAGGAAAACUGCUCCAGUUGUCACAAUGCUUGGUAUCCAAUACAUCCAGGUCCUCUGGGAAUGCACGGUGGAAAAUAGCCAAAACACCACAGCGUUUGUAAAGAUAAAUGUCAAUGGGUUUGGAGAUGUUGAAUGUGACUUGUUCACAGUGCGUUGCAGGGGGCUUGGUGUGUUUUCUUCUCUGUCUGGAAUGUUUGAAGAUAUCCUCAAACAUGAUCCCACUUUUAUCCAGUUGCUGAACCCCAGAUGUGUUGAAAGCCUCCAGACAGUACUUCGAGCUGGUAAAACAGCCCUGGAAAGAAAAGUUGUUCCCCAGGUACUGGUUUUCAAAAGGAGCUCCACUGUGGAGAUGUCCACACCUCUCCUGUGCCUCAUCACUGCCUUUUAUCCCCGCACCAUCAAUGCCACAUGGCUACAUAACGGAGAGCCUGUAUCAGAGGACCUUACAGUGAGGGUUCUGCCAAACCAUGAUGCCACAUACAGAAUGGAGCUCAUCAUUGACAUCAAGAACAACGACCCAAGCAGCUACUGUUGCCAGGUUCAGCAUCAUAGCUCGUGUGAAACACUGAGAGUAACAUCCGGAGUUGCUCGUGUCAGCCACAGUAUUUGUCCUGGCCCAAUGCUGUGCCUAUUCAUUGUGCUGGCAAUAGUGACAGGCGUGGCGUAGGAAGCAAUUUCAGUGAAGGCCGUGGGAAAGACGCAAGCACAGAUGAGCAUGAAUUCCUGCAAGUCUCUCACCAGCUGCCCAGUACUGAAUCAAUGAUUGAGAUGCUGCCAGUUGUUUCAUGAAAGCAAACCUGUCUGCAACAGUUUCACUGUCACCUCUAACAUGAUAAUCGGCUGGACUUUAUUCUUUUGCAUUGUAUUAUUGCUUUCUAAUAAAUUUUGAAAUGUUUGUUAAA